GCCGGUGGCACCGAAGGGAGAAUGCUGCCCAAGAGCCGGGUCUUUGGAGAGGACCCUGGCCGGGGGAGGGAGGCAGAGGGCGGUGUCCACACGAGGAUAUCCGCUGUUGAUGUUGGUGAACCAAGGCUGCUGUCCAGCGUCUUUGCAGCCUUUCAUCAGUGGAUGGAUACUUAGGUUAUUUUCCAUUUCUCGGCUAUUGUGAACAACGCUGCAACAAACGUGGGAGUGCAGCUUUCUGCUGAUGCACCCAGGAAGUCAACAGAAGAUGACCCAAGUGGUUGGGCCCUUUCCUGUGAGAGACCUGGAUGGAGUUCCUGGCUUCUGGCUUUGCCCUGGCUCAGAUUGGGCUUUUGCAGUCAUUUGGGUUUUCAUUCCUAUUGGGUAAUCACCUAGGAAUGGAGUUGAUGAGUCUUAUGCUAAUGUGGACCCUGGGAGGCAGCAAUGGUAACUCAAGUAAUUGGAUUCCUGCCCGCCUUGUGGGAGACCUAGAGGCUUUAGCAAGGCUCAUCUCAAGCUGUCGUGGGCAUUUGGGAAGUGAACCCAUGGAUAGGAGCUUUCUCUAUCUAUGUCUCUCAAAUAAAAAAAAGAGAACUCUAAAUUCCAGUACCACUAGUGAUUCAUUAUUCAAAGUAUACAGCAAAUAUUUGUUAUUCAAAAUAUACAGUCCAUGGACCAACAGCCCCUGUUGCAUUCCCUGGGAGCUUGUUAGAAAUGCUGACUCACAAUACCUAACCUAAUCUAUGGAAUCAUAAUCUGCACUUGAACAAUAUCCCUGUGGGAUUCAUAUACAAAAUAAUGUUUGAGAAGCACUGAUCUCACAUAUUUUGCUUGCCAUCUCAUAGGGUGUCACCUACCAGGGUAUAAUACUGAUUGCCUAGAAUGGGUUUAAUUGAGGCUGUACUCUCUUUUAAUUACUUCAUUAAUUCAUAUAGCAGCUAACAGUCAUAACACUUCAAGAUACCUCAACCCUUGUACUGCAGAUGAGACUGGACAAGUUCAGUAACUUAUCCAUGGUCAUACAUCCAGUAAAUGGUGAAGAUAUACCUGGGUCUGUGUCUGAAUCAUUUCCAAGGCUUUUGUUAUUCUUAAAUCACAUUGCCUUUUUCUUGAACUUAAUUGUUUAUGUAAUAGGAUAACACCCAUUAACAAAUAGGGGUCGUGAAAAAGCACUUUUGUAGGGUGUUAGCAGAAAGAAGUCUUUUACUCAAAGAUAAUUUCAAUCCCCUGGUGAGGAAACAAAAACAGCGAAGUGAAGCAUCCUUGAUCCUUGCUUUUGGGGUAACCUUGAAAGGUCAGAGAACUCCAUUCUGUCCUGCUCACUCUUCAUUGUGAUCCUCAGCCAACUUAUACCUCAUUGUUCUUGAGGCAGGCCCCAUCUGGUGGAUUCUGGAUCAUGCCAGGUGCUAAGAACUGUGCUGAUUGUGCUAUGUUGAGGUUGCCCACAUGCUUCCAUGUAGUUCAAGAGCUGUCCAAGUAUUUGCAUUUUCAAUCUAUCAGAUGGCUUUGAAGAAAACCAGUGCCAACAAAGCUAUUUGAAUGCUUGCUUACUAUUUGCCAAGAGUAUAGAACUUACAACCACCAACCAAAUUAUUAAAAAAUAUAAUAUUGUGAUAAUGGCUGUCUUAUCCAAGGAGAGGUACAAGCAAGGAAACCCCAUAAAACACCGGAGAUGACCCUUAUCAUCUGUUCCUGGAAAACCUAUGCAGUUGCAAAAAUAGGAGAUAACAUCCCAAACAACUGACAUCUCAGGCUAGGUGAUCCUAUGUGGCUUUAGCUCUGGGAUUGUAAUCCACAUGGACCUGUGGCAAGUUGCUGACAUCCAGUGUGGACUGUGCACACCGUACAAGCAUUACUUGGGGGAAUAGAUACUGAAUGAGCAAUAGAUCCAGAGCAUGAAGUGAUUGAGAGCAUAUCCCAAUAUCUUUAAGGUAGAAGUAAGUGUGUGUGUGUGUGUGUGUGUGUGUGUGUGUGUGUAGGGGCAGUUUUUAGUUGGGUGGAGACCGGAAGCACAGAGACUUCUUGAUUGGUCUUGAGUUGUUCUGGGCUCCUAGCAGAGGCUCCUUGUUGGUGGAGAAGACCUGCCUGCCCUAAGUUCCCCUGCUCUGGGCCAGCCCUGCUUUCUUUAAAUGACGACGCGGAGCUGCUUCACGCUUAGGAACUGGAUUUGCAGCCUGGGAGGCAGCCUGACAGCGGCGCCCUCCACGCACGCUCCAUUGUCAUCCUGUCCUUCCCUCCUGCUCUCUUCCUGAGUUAGCAGAGGCUGGGACGCAGGUGAGAACAGUCAGGGACCCCUAGAACACACCAACUUGGCGGCCCCACCCCUCUGUUCAGACCCUGCCCAACUCGAAAACUCAGUCUGUCUCCAGAGUAAAGCUCCUCGAGAGAAAGAGAGAAAAAGGACAAACUCAUCUUAAAUGUCAGUCCAACGUCCACGCGGGCGAGCGACAGCAGGUAAGUAGAAGCAAUUAGCUGUCCCCCUGCCGGGAAGCCGGGCAAUUACCUCUCUCCCUCUCCCUCUUCUGUUGUUCCUCCUCCCGUGCAAGCAGCAGAAGCGCUUUGCUCCCCAAGCAGCGGUGUGCGCUGGGCUGGCGCUGGAAUGAGGGAUGACCUGAGCCGGGAUUUGGUCUCGUCCCGCCGCGGCGGUGGCGGCGGGCACAGCAGUGCAUUGUGGAGGAGGGCGCGCCGCUGCCGCUGGAGCUGCGCGCCCGGGACCGCGCGGCGGGCGCUGUCCAAGGUGCUGAGAGGCCCGCCCGCGCCUUGCAGGUCUGCCAGCUCCGGACCCAGCCAGCUCCUGGCCUUCCUCUGGUCUCCGUUUGGGCGUCUUCCUCUCUUAACGUAGGGGCGUAGCGGCUGGAGGAAAUUAUGGUGUUCGCACCAGGUGAGAAACCUGGAAACGAGCCUGAAGAAGUGAAGCUGCAGAAUGCCAGCAAGCAGAUUGUGCAGAAUGCCAUCCUGCAGGCUGUGCGGCAAGUCUCCCAGGAGAGCCGGCGGAGGGACGCCAGAAGCAGUGACAGCCGGGGUUGCUUCCAGCUGGGUGUGGGAGAGUUAACCAAGAAGCACGAAAAGAAGUAACGCAGUAGAUCUGGCUCUGGUCAUACGCUUGGUUUCCAGCCUUCCUCUUAGUAUAGGAUGCGUCGCCAAAUCGUUGCCAGUAAAGCAAACCAAAGUGUCACCGACACCUAGUAGUAGAAUGAGUUUACACUUGCCCUUGUCUGAGAAGCAGUUCUGAAAACGUGCAUUAGAUGAUUCUGAUUGCAUUUAUGCAGUGCCUCUGACACAUAUUGGGGCAAAACAUGGCCCUGAAAUUGCAGAAAUAGCUUUGCAGCGCAAUUUAGUUUAAGUCAAUCUUUUUUUCCUUCCUUCCCCCUACUCAUCCAAUCUCCUUCCUUCUUUCUUUCCCUCCUUCCUUCCCCUUCUUCCCUCCCUCCUUUCCUUUCUCCUUUCCCUCCUUUUACUCUUCCCUCUUUUCCUCCCUCCUCCCCUCUCCUCCCCCUUCCUCUCUGCUCCUCUCCUUCUCCCCUUCCUUCUUGUCCCCUCCCCUCCCCUCUUCUCUCUCUCCUCUUUCUCUCUUUCCCUCCCUUCUUCCCUUCUAUUCUUUCCAAUUGGGAUUCUCAGUCUUUUUUAUUUACUCUGCCUUUCACGUAUUCUUCUGUGAAUUUAAUCAGCAGUCUUCGGUUGUUGUUCUGAUAUGUUGGGUACAGAGUUGUGAACUUUACAAUAUUUUAAGAGAUGCUAGAAAGGUGAGGGGAUGUAGUUUUAGUUCCUUUCAAAUAUGGAGUUGAAGGCUUUUAUGAAGUGAGUUCAGGUCCAAGAUCAAUUCAGCAAAGACAAAUUGUAAGGCCAAGUCCCUGAGGAUCAUAGCAAGGCAUAUAUUUAUAUUACUUUUAAAAGGGGAGGAGUUAAGGAUUUUCAAGAACUCAGUCUUUUAAUCCCAGCUCUCGGGAAUAUUACAGAUUUCUUUUCCCAUCUCCAGGAUUAAAUGAAAGAACACAAAUGAAUCUAUACAUGACCUGCCAAUGACCCGAUUCUUCACCAGCCUCAUAAAGAACCAGCACUGUAGUUUUCCUCCACUACUGUGCAUCCUGAAUAAUCAGAGUCUGGUGUGAUUAAGGGGUGUAGCAUCCUUGGCAGGAACUCUAGGGCCUUACAAAUACUGAGUUGUCAUCAGACUAUGCAUUUGCACUGGUACUUUAACCCUUGUAACUUUCUUCUUCCAUAAAUCAGAUUUUUUGAUAUUAUGAAAAUCAUACAGGUCAGGAAUAACACUUUUUGUUAAGGAUAUAGAACACCUUGUCUUUCAAGUCUCUGUGGCAUGACAAUUCAGUGGGAUAAUAAAGCGACAGUACUGUGAAGCGGCCACAGAGAUAAGUGUGUAUGUGUGUAAAUAAUGCCAUCUCUGUUGUGACAGCAUGACUUCCUGUUCCAUCUCUAUGUGGAUAAUGCAUGUUUGUCUAAAGUCAUUAAAAUACUAUUUCUUGGGCUUCACAAAAGUGACUGAGUGGUGCUACUGGGCACGGAGGAAGACUUUGGCCCUGGUUAAAAACUCUGGCUUCAGAAAUAUCAAUGUCAAAUUUGAAAGUUUUUUUAAAGCAAAAUAUUAUAAAAUGUGAUUGAUAUAUUAAGAUAGACUUUUAAAAUUACAAUAUGUUGCGCUUCCCAGAAUGGACACUGAAGAUAAUUGUAGAUGAUUGAGAAACUUCUCUUAUCAACUCUAUUAAGACUAUCUUUACUGUGCAUAGAUGGAAUAAAUUUUAUGAGAGAAUGGAUGAGGGAAGAAGCAGAAGUAUUGAGUUAAAUAUUGUUUCUACAUAAAUAUAAUUUAGCAGAACAAAUGGCAACUGAAGAAUGAAUUUAAUUUGACUUAAAGUCAUAAAACUGGCAUAAUACAAUUGCCUAGCAUGGAUAGAGGGAAUGAAGGCAUUCAGGGAAAUUAUUCAGGUAUGCCCACAAGUAAAAAAUAAACCCAAUGCUUAUAGUUUUCAAGUGACUAGGCACUGCAUCUCCUAAAAUGUCUGGCUAUAACCAACCUUGGUUUGCAUUGUCAAAUGGCCAAAACAUAUCAACAUGCUAUCUUUCCUCUCUGAUGUGUCUGUGCUAAUGAACUGGGGAUCCUCAGAACAUCUUGUCAACCUCUGUGUCUAAAUGUUUAUAAAUAAAAUAUAUCCGGCUUUGAAA